GAGCAUACCAAUCCACCGAAAAAGCAUCCCAGAAAAAAAAUCAGCGAAAAACAACUGGACACGAGCUCGAUCGAUGGUCAAAAGGGAGUGAGUGGCUCAAGCACAAUCACCAUCAUCCUGAGAGCCACACACCUGCAUGAACUACUUCAUUUCAGGGCCGUAGCUAAAGACUAAAGAGGGAGCUAGAGAUCGCCCGCAUCGUCGGCGUCGGCCAUGUCGUCGGAGUCGGAGGCGACGCUGGAGGAGACGCCGACAUGGAUCGUGGCGUCCGUGUGCUCCGCCAUCGUCCUCAUCUCCCUCGUCUUUGAGCGCGGGCUCCAUCACCUCGGCAAGGCACUGGAGCGCCGGAGGGUGACCCUGUACGAGACGUUGCUGAAGCUCAAAGAAGAGCUGAUGCUGCUGGGGUUCGUGUCGCUGCUGCUCGUCGUCUUCCAGGACUUGAUACAGAAGAUCUGCAUCGACGAGAGCCUCAUGGAGCACUGGCUGCCGUGCCGAGGUGGGAACAACGACAAGCAUGCCUCGGCGGCGGCGGCACACUACGGGGCCGCCUCCACUUUCGCUGCCAGCGGCAGGAGGAUGCUCAAAGGAGGGGCAGCUUUUGGCCACUGUUCAAGCAAGGGAAAAGUCCCCUUGCUCUCGCGUCACGCCUUAGAACAGCUACACAUCUUCAUCUUCGUUCUGGCCAUCACGCAUGUCGUUCUCAGCGCCUUGACUGUGCUCCUGGGACUUCUACAGAUGAGGAAAUGGAUGCACUGGGAGAACAACAUCCAGCAAGAGGGCAGCUCUGCUCCCAAGAUGAUCAAGCGGGUGCAGAAAAUCAAGUUUAUCCAGGAUCGGUGUAAGGGGCAUGAGAGAUUGACCUGGGUCAUAAUAUGGAUGCGAUCGUUCUUCAAACAGUUCUACGGAUCAGUGUCCAACGAUGACUAUGUCACAAUGAGGCUUGGUUUCGUCAUGGAGCACUUUAGGGGGCACCCAAAGUUCAACUUUUAUGACUACAUGAUCAAAGCUCUCGAUAAAGAUUUCAAGAGAGUAGUUGGUAUAAAAUGGUAUUACUGGAUAUUUGUCAUGAUCUUUUUGCUAGUCAACAUCACCGGGUGGCACUCCUAUUUCUGGAUCUCGUUGGUCCCGUUGUCUCUGCUGCUUCUGAUCGGGGCAAAGCUGGAGCACAUCAUAAACAAGCUGGCCUACGAGGUGGCCUCGAAGCACGCCGCUGGCCGAGGGGAAGGGGGCGCCGUCGUGCGCCCUUCAGACAAGCUGUUCUGGUUCCACAGCCCCCGGCUCGUGCUCGUCCUCAUCCACUUCAUCCUGUUCCAGAACGCGUUCGAGUUCGCGUAUUUCAUCUGGACACUAGCGACCUUCGGUAUCAACUCCUGCAUCAUGGACAAACUAGGGUACAGCGUAUCGAGGAUCGUCGUAUGCGUCAUCGUCCAGGUGCUCUGCAGCUACAGCACGCUCCCCCUCUACGCCAUCGUGUCCCAUAUGGGGAGUUCGUUCAAGAGCGCGGUGUUCGCCGACGACGUCGCUGACCAUCUCAGAGGCUGGGCCGACAACGCGCGGGAGCGCAUGAGAAGAUCUGCCCUGGGUACGGCGGCAGCGGAACGGAAUUGGGAAGAGAAGAGCCGCCCAGCUCAACUUCGGAGCAUCUCCUUCUGAGGAAAGAUGCUGCGCGCAUAUACUAUGCGUGAGGGAGGGUUGAAAUACAAGUGAAAUAUCACAUUUUCCUAUCAGCUCAUACUUUUUUAGUUCAAUUAGUUGGUGCAUGUAGCUCAAUGAAAUUAUCUUCCCAGUAGAUAGUUUCUUCAAAAUAAAUUUCCAACCAAUCCUCUCUCUUCUAUCUCCUUUCCUCUCCCAAUCUUCCUAUCCCUUUUCCCUCUUCCUUGUUUUCAUGUAGAGUUGGUUUUUUAAGGAAAAUAGUUUUCUUUUCUUCGUAACUCUAUUGCCACAUCAUCAUUUUUUUUAUAUGAUGCUCUAAUUAAUGUUAUAGAAACUAUCAUUCUAUUGGACUAGUCAACCGACAAUGUAGUGGGUAUGAAGGGCCACCAAUCGGUGGAACCGACUCGGUCGGAGGGCAAUAAUGAUAUGGAUGAAUUUUGGGACACAUGUCGAUGAUUUGGGCUAGCAGAUGCUUGUUCAUUUGGAACCCUACAUCUGGCGAAGAUCAAUCAUGAUAGAACAAAGAACCUUAGGUUCAUUGGGAUACGAUCUUGUACUAUUUAGCCAGUAUGGAAAAUUUAUGCUACAAGUGUUUGUUGGCUAGAGUUUUUGAUGAUU